UUGAACCGAAACAACAACAUGUGGUCAAACACGUGAAUAUGUCCAUGUACUGUUGAAUGGUGUACAUAUAGCAGAUAGAUAGUCAUAGGAAGGAUUUGGGAUAAAUCUAAAAGCUUUUACUUUUAAUAUUUCGGAUUAUUACGUUGAAAUUAAUCGUAACAACUGGAUAUAAAAUAUCACCGCUCAAGUCUUUGUAAAAUCGGAAUGAAAACGAAAGCGAGGGACACCCUUUUAACUUUCACUGACAUUAACCUGACUUUGAAAGAAAAGGCUAUACUCACAAACGUCAAUGGAGAAGCCAAAAGUGGGCAGAUUUUGGCGAUCAUGGGUCCCUCAGGUUCGGGAAAAACAUCUCUCCUCAACAUUCUGGCAGGGGAUCUUCCAAUGUCAUCAGGAACGGUAACCGUGAAUGAAAAGCCCUUUACAAAGUUACAAAAGCGAAAACUUGCUUACGUACUGCAGAGUGACAUUUUUUUGACAAAACUCACUCUGAGGGAGACAUUAUACUUUACCGCCAUGAUUAGACUUCCUGACCACGUGUCAAAAGCAGACAAACUGGCGCGAAUCGAUGAAAUUGUGGAUGCGCUUCAUUUAAGAAAUUGUCUGGACACAAUUAUUGGUGACUUCAUGCAUCGUGGAUUGAGUGGAGGAGAGAAAAAGAGAGCUAACAUAGCGUGUGAACUUCUCACAGAUCCUAACAUUAUGUUAAUUGAUGAGCCCACUUCCGGUCUUGAUUCUAGCACUGCUCACGUGCUGAUGGAAGAACUGAAGGACUUUGCCUCUCAGUACAACAAGACUUUGCUGAUUACCAUACACCAGCCUUCCAGUCAAAUCUUCCACAUGUUUUCUACACUACUCUUACUUGUCAGGGGUCACGCAGCCUACUUUGGGGGUGCGCAAAUGGCAUUGAAAUACUUUAGUGACCUCGGCCUUGACUUUCCAGGCCAAUAUAAUCCAUCUGAUAUCCUGUUAGAAUUACUUACAACAGACGAAGAAGUAAUCAAUAAAAUCAUUAAAGCAUCGACAUGGAAAGGCAAAAUACAAAACACGGAGAAGAAAAACUGUAUAGGUAAUGGCGUAGUUAACGGUAUUCACAGUAAAGAAGGAGAUGAAUAUACCCAGAAUUCCGUGUUGGGUCUUGGUUACUACAAAAAAGAUACAUGUACAUCCGAAAUAGUGUUGGAUAUUUCCUCUUUGGAAAAAGGUGUUCAAGCAAGAGUGGAAACGACAGGACCCUCGCACAACAAGAAAUGGCCGACCUCGUUUUGGACACAGUUCAAAAUGCUUUCUUGGCGAAAUGCCAAACAAUCAAGAUGGCGGAUUUUUGACGACUGCGUCCUGGCGCAUGCGGCAAUCGUUGCUAUUGCGUAUUGUGUUUUGUAUUAUCAGAUACCCGACACAAUUGAGACGCUUCGCGACAGAAUGGGGGCCGUUUUCUUUCCUUUAGUAUUUUGGGGAUUUGCUAUGGUGACAGACUCUGUGACUAGUUUUAUAGGAGAACGCGAAGUGGUGGUUAAGGAGAGGAAAGCAGGGGCCUACCGAUUGUCCGCGUACUACAUAGCCAAGAUGGUCAGUGAACUGCCAAUGCUCAUCAUACUCCCUAUAGUUCAACUUUCUGCCAUGUAUUGGAUGGCUGGGAUAGGAGGACCAAUAACAUUUGCAAUGUACAUCGGGAUCAACCUUCUAAAUUGUUUUACUAACCAGAGCAUUGGAUAUAUUAUUGGUGCUUGCGUUCCAAAGUUCAAAUACAGCAUAACAACCGUGAACACAAUAAUGGUCCUAUUCCUCAUAUUAGGUGGAUUUUUCAACACUCAUUUUCCUAGCUGGUUUGCCUGGGCUAAAUAUCUAUCUUUCCUGUACUAUCCAUUUGCAGCCAUUGUGACCUUGUUGUUUGGAGACAUUGAGCCUUUCAGUUGUGGCUCUUCCCAAACGUUCAAACAGUGCCAAAAUGAAACAGAACUUGUAACCGGAAGUGACGUUUUGCAUAGUAUGGGGAUUGACAUCCCUGUUUAUUGUAGCAUUGGAAUGAUGGCUGUAUUGGUUGUAGUAUUACGUAUCAUGGGGUAUUUUGCUUUAAAAUACAGAUUGUAAAACACACACAGAGAGAGAGAGAGAGAGAGAGAGAGAGAGAAUGAGAGAGAGAGGUCUUAAAUGUGACGUCUUGUAAUUUAAGGAUAAAGUUAUAUAUGUAAGUUUUUGGUCUGCAGUUUAAGUCUUUCUGUAAAUGUUCAUAUGCAGGACUAAUAACAGAGCAUGAUUGAUGAAAGUUUUACUGUGUUUGAUGGUAAAUAACAGACACUGUACAGAGAAAAUUCAGAAGAGGAAUGUUGCACUCCUGAACCUUUACCUUUCUUCCAUUGCUCUGUUAGGUAAGUUUAUCUAAAUAAAUUGUAUCAACUCUAAUUUGAUGAGUUAUACCAAUUUUUAGUAUUAAAUAUUUACUCGGGCGCACUACUGCACAUCAGUUGAUUUUUCUUCGGAUAAAACCCUGCAUCCUGAGUAAUUGUGCCUAGGAGCCUUGAAAUCUAGCAUGCAACAUUUGAUUUUUGUUUUGUAAUAUUAAAAUAAAUUGAAUGCACAAAACAUUUACCAUAAUUAAUGCAAUUAAAAGAGAUAACAACAUAAUGGUUUACUUUGUCUAUCCUUCUUUUCUGAUUACUGACUUUAGGGUAUUUUCAGCCCCUUGAGUGUUUCUGUCUCCAACGUCAAAGUACAAACUAUAAAGGACAUUGUUGUUCUCCCAAGUUUCUUCUGUCCUUUUCUAUAAAACAAUAAAAUUAGAACCUUAACGCUCCGAUAUUUUAAUAUUUAUUUUUCUAGGAAAUAGGUUUCAUGCAUUCAGUUUCGAAGGUCUUCAAACGUCAUGUAUAUACUAUGUCAUCAUGAUUGAAUCAUGGUUCUAACCUAAGGAACUGAUGGUUUUUAGUUUAUCAUAAAAUGGUUUUCUAUACAAGUUAGGAAAAAAUUAAUUUCCGUUUCUACCUACAUUUUAAGGGUUUUCCAUUAUUUAAAAAAUGUUAAUGCUU